AUGCACCUCGCCGAAGAGCAACCGUUGUUUGUGCAGUUCAGCUCACUGGCACCUGAGCGAUUCUCGGAAACCUCAAUCACUCCUGCAACGGAAACGGAGCGUAUUGUCCAUAGCCUCGUCGCAGAUGUCAUUGGCAUCGAAGAAACUGCAUUUGGUGUUGAGGAUGACAUAUUCCGGCUGGGAGCUAAUUCCAUCACUGCGAUGAGUCUUGCCUCUAUUGCGAGGACAAAAGGCCUCUGUAUAACAGUGCCACAGAUUCUCCAGAAUCCCACAGUCCAACAGAUGGCCAAUUUGAUCCAGAACACCUCGCAGGGAAAAUUUAUCCCCCCCGGCAAACCGACGGGGUCACCCAGCCUCUCGCAGAAACCGGGAUGCACGCAAGCUUUGCGGCAGCUUGUAUCAAGAAAAUGUCACAUCGACGAGUCAUUGGUUGAAGCCGCUUAUCCGUGCACGUCUCUUCAAGAGAGUCUUUUCUUACGGUCAAUAAAAGAUGCAGGCUCGUAUAUGAUCCGAUACGAGUGGGCCAUUCCCGGGCAUCUCGACCUCCCAAAAUUGAGAGAAGCAUGGGACUUUGUCAUUCAAAAAUAUGACAUACUUCGAACCCGAUUCGUCGAAGAUGAUGAGUCAACCAUCUGGCAAGCUGUCAUACCUGAGAAGCUCCAGUGGCGAGUUAUAACAAACAAAACUCAGAUGAAAGACAAAUUCAACACAGGCUUUGGCAAACCGUUGCUACGCCUUGGUUUGUUUCAAGGUCAAAGCACGGAACAAACCUCGUCGUUUAUUUUUGAGGCACAUCACUCGAUUAUGGAUGCCUGGAGCUGCGACUUAGUGCUCGACGCAUUCUCGACUGCUUACAACAGCCAAUUAGCUGCCAGCCAACUGGCAACAAACAGUCCUCAAUUUGGCUCUUUCAUAGAUUAUAUUUCCAGCAUUGACGAAGAAGACUCCAAAAUGUUCUGGACACAACAGUAUAGUGGUUUCAGAGGGCAUCGGCUUCCGCUCCGGUCACCAGCAUUAGCAGAACCGAGAGACUGUCUAAAGGCUCGGGUGCUCUACAAGUCUUCAGAAACCUCGCCAUUCACAGUAUCGGAAUAUCUGAGAGCAGCGUGGGCGAUUGUAAUCUCGUCCUUCUCGGAAGAGACUGACAUUGUUUUUGGUAUUGUUGAAAGCGGGCGAGACAUCUCUCUAUCUGGUAUUGAGAGUAUUAUCGGCCCAACAAUUGCGACUCUGCCUGUGCGAACCCAAGUUUUUCCCACGGAGCAAAUCAUCGACUUCAUGCAGAAACUACGCCAUCAGCGAGCGCAAAUGGUGCAUCAUCAGCAUUUUGGGCUGCAAAAUAUAGCCUCUGUAUCUGCUGAAGCAGGUAGAGGCUGUGAGUUCCAAAGCCUGCUCGUCAUUCAGGCGCCGGUACAACGGAGAAAGAAUGCAGUGCUGCGCGUUGAGGACGCGGCGGUCGGUGUAGCAAUGACAGACUACCCCAUUGUUUUGGAGUGCUUCCUCGAGGAAGGUGGCGUAGGCUUUGUUCUUGAUUACGAUGCUUCAAUGAUAGCAAGUGCAGACGCAAAAAAGCUAUUGGCGGGUAUCAGGACGGCUUUCCAGCAGCUACGCGAGGGAUUAACCGAGCGCCUAUUGAGAGACCUGACACCUACCAUAUCUACCGACAAGUUGAAGCUCGAGAAAUUAAAUUCGAAUCUACCACGAUAUGUAAAAGAGAAGAUUCAUCACCUGAUCUCAGAUCAAGCGCGAAAUGAACCCUUGGCUCCAGCCAUUAUGUCCUGGGAUGGGGAGAUGAACUUCCGUCAGAUUGAUCAGACUUCCACUCGAUUAGGGGAAUACCUUAAUUACCUGGGAUAUGGAGCUGAAUCUGUUAUUCCUGUCUGCUUCGAAAAGUCGAUGUGGUAUAUCAUCGCUGUUCUAGGAACACUGAAGGCUGGCGCCGCGUUUCUACCCUUGGACCCAUCCCAGCCUAUCGGACGCCUGCAUGAGAUAAUCGGCCAAAUACAAGCCGACGUUUGUCUGGUAUCUGGAGAAACUGACUCGCUUUUCCCAGCUCCGCAGUUUAAAACUAUAACGGUUUCUAAAGAUGGCUGGCCGCUGCGCAAUGCUAACGAUGGCCUUUGCUUGUCGAAGGCUGAUAGCACAGGCAAUCCAGAAAAUCCAAGGCAAUCAUCCAAUCUUGCGUACAUCAUUUUUACCUCGGGAAGUACGGGAAAGCCAAAAGGCGUAAUGAUCGAACACGACUCGUUCUGCUCUGGAGCUUGUGUGCGAGCAGAGCGGAUACAUCGUAACAAAAACUCGCGAGUUUUUAGCUUCUCUUCCUACAGCUUUGAUACGAGUAUUGAAGACGUACUGACAACUUUGAUCGUUGGUGGCUGUGUCUGCAUUCCUUCAGCGCAUGAGUGCAAAAAUGAAUUGGCCGACGCCAUCCAGCGUUAUCGUGCCAAUACUCUCGACACGACACCUUCGGCAGUUGCUGCAAUGUCUCCAGAGGACAGUCCAGGACUCACAACAGUCAUCUUGGGAGGGGAGGCAAUGACUGCCGACAAUGUAGCCAAAUGGGCAUCCCGAGUUACUCUGAUCAACACCUACGGGCCAAGCGAGUGCUCUAUCGUCAGUACAGUGGCUCCUCCGGCAAAGAUGAAUACCGAUCCAUCGAAUAUUGGUCACGGUGUCGGUUGUAUCACUUGGGUUGUGGAUGAAAAUGACCACGAAAGACUCGUGCCUAUUGGCGAAGUAGGAGAGCUCCUCAUAGAGGGGCCAAUUGUUGGGCGCGGCUACCACGGGGACGAAACCAACGAAGCCUUCCUUGGCAAUACGAAAUGGCGUUCAACCUUCAGUUUGAAAUCCAGCUGGAGAAUUUACAAGACGGGUGACCUCGUCCGAUAUGCAACUGACGGAUCUAUUAUCUUUGUGGGAAGGAAAGACAGCCAAUGCAAAAUCCGGGGCCAGCGCGUCGAGAUUGCAGAGAUUGAACAUAGGUUGCGAGAUGUCAUUGCGCACGAGCAGAUAGCAGUCGAAUGCAUUCCACUUCCCGACCUGGGGCCUACCAUUGUUGGGUUUCUGGGAGAGAGAACAAAGGAUGAAAGCAGUGACGCCGCACUUCACGCGGCAAGUUCGCUGCCCCCGAUGUUGAGCAGCAUCCAGUCUCAUCUUGUGACUGACCUACCUACAUAUAUGCUUCCCUCAUUUUACGUCGAGGUCAGGCACUUUCCUAUGCAAAUCUCUGGAAAGCUUGGUCGCGCAGCGCUCAGGAGCAUUUUCAUGAAGCUUUACAAAACGCAAUAUAGCAGCCGCAACACAGUGGCCGCAACACUAAGUAAGAAACAACCCCAGCAUUUUAUUGGAAUGGCCCUUCAAACUCUCUGGGCUCGGCAACUGGGUAUCACAGCCACUAAUAUAGGUCUACACGAUACAUUCUUUGCACUCGGUGGAAACUCUCUCAAAGCCAUGCAGCUUGUCGCCCAAUGCAGAAAAGCCGGUCUUUCUUUAACGGUAGAAGAUAUAUUCAAGGGUCCCAGCCUGGAAGAGAUGACUGCCGCAGUUGUCUCACGUGUCAGUGCCACCGCGAUGCCCGGCUGUGAUGACCAAAACAACGCCGAACUCUCUCGGCUCCGUGACACUAUUCCCACGAUUGACAACGCGACCACCCAAGAAGUUUGCGCGGCUUGUGGGAUAACAGCCAACCUCAUAGAGGAUAUAUAUCCGUGUUCACCGCUGCAGGAACUAUUCAUGCGGGGAAGCCUACAUCAGCCAGGGUCAUACAUCGCCACUCACAUAUUCAAGAUUGCUCAUGACGCAGAUCCACACAAGUUGAUUGAAGCCUGGUCUACAGUAGCCGAUGAUAGUUGCAUCCUCCGAACGAGAUUGGUACAGACUGAGUCUUCAGGUCUAGUGCAGGUCGUUCUCCGCGAGAAAUUGGCAUGGAAAAGCGCGGCAACAUUAGACGAAUGCCGCCGCAACUCCGAGCACAUGGCUAUACAUUCUGGCUCUCCCCUGUCCCAGCUGUACUUGGUUGAAGGAGAGGAUUCCUACUUGGCCUGGACUGCGCAUCAUGCCAUCUAUGAUGCCUGGAUGCUGGAUCAACUGACCGAAGCUCUUCGAGCGGCAUAUGAUGGCACCUGGGUCCGCCCAAAAGCUGAUUAUCGCGAUUACAUCCGAUACCUCAGGACAUUGGAUUCUGAAGAGACUCGACGAUUCUGGAAGAGUCAGCUGGCGUCACCGUCUUCUGUUGGUCAUUUCGUCAAACAAGACCAACAACGCCAUACUCUGCGAAUGGAACGCUCACUCGAACAGACUAUCCAAAUUACAUUUCCCAAUACGUCCAAUCUUGCAUUCUCAACAUAUAUUCGCGCGGCCUGGGCAUUGACGGUCUCGGAGUACGGUGAAUCUCAAGAUGUCAUAUUUGGGAUUGUUUUAGCCGGACGCGCACUACAACUUACCGAUGUGGACACAAUCAUCGCCCCAACAAUUGGCACCGCACCAUUGCGAAUUCAGCUUGACAGCAAAUCUACAGUUGGCAAUUUUCUCUCGCUUGUGCAAAACCAAAGUGCCUCAAUCAUGCCGCACGAGCAGUUUGGAGUUCAAAACAUCAAAGGAUUGAGCCAAGACUGCUGGGAAGCUUGUGAUUUUGAGUCACUUUUGGAUAUACAUCCCAUGGUUGGUCAUGUGCACUCCGACGCAGUCCUUGAACUUGAAAGCUCUCGAAAUAACUCUCAAGCAUUUCACACUCACCCGCUAGUGCUAACAUGCCGUCCGCACCAAAACAGUCUUGAUUUGGAAUGCGUGUUUGACGAGAGUAUGAUUGAUCAGACGCAAGCUUUGCAAAUGAUGCAUCAUUUUGCUCAUAUGCUGCAACAGCUCGUCCGAGUAGAUGGCGUUCAGUCUUCAACUCAAUUAGCCACCGAAGGCACAGUGGCAGAUCUGGAACGUAUUUCUCCAUUCGACAAAGCACUGGUUCAUCAGUGGAAUUCCUCUGAAUACUGCGCUGUUCCAAGUUUCAUUCAUGAGAAGGUGCGAGCACAGGUGAUGUUGGAUCCCAACCGUUCGGCGAUCGAGGCCUGGGAUGGAAAUUUCACGUAUGGGGAGCUUGAUAUCUUAUCGUCAAGAUUGGCUGUUUACCUGCAAAACAUUGGAGUCGAUGAAAAGCCCAUCAUACCGCUCUGCUUCAGUAAGUCGGCAUGGGCCGUCGUUGCUAUGCUUGCAGUCCUCAAAGUUGGUGGAGCUUACGCCGCUCUCGAUCCAUCGCACCCUCCAGAGAGGCUUAGAACGAUGGUUAAACAUACGAAAGCGACAAUUGUGCUGGUGGGAAAGGAACACGCGGCAAUGUUUGACGGCCAGGUCAAGCAUGUCGUUGUUCUUGAUGACCUGCUCUUGGCAGAACUCCCUCAGUCUCCAAUCAAGCUGACCUUCAAAACCACUCUUGAUCCUCAGGAUGCGGCGCUGAUUGUAUUCACCUCUGGCUCCACCGGUAUCCCCAAAGGAGUCGUUCUGCAGCAUGACGCGUUCUGCACACUCGCCGACGGAAUGGCUGCAGAAAUGAACUUUAGCGCAGAUAGUCGAGUCCUACAGUUCGCCGCAUAUGCCUUCGACGUCAGCAGCAGCGAAAUAUUUCUAACAUUGAUGCAUGGUGGAUGCUGCUGCAUUCCUAGCGACGCAGACCGCCUGAGCAAUCUCGCCGGUGUCAUUGCAAAUUUCAGAAUCAACUGGCUCUAUCUCACGCCAACAGUUGCAAACCUUGUGUUGCCUGAAGAUGUCAAGAAUGUUAAAACUCUUGUUCUCGGAGGCGAGGCUGCUAGGCAGGAGCUCAUUGAUAGAUAUGCCAAUCGUACUUGCUUGAUCAACAGUUACGGGCCCGCCGAAGGUACUAUCUGGCCAUCAAUGGCCAAGUUCAGCCCAAGCUCAUCGCCCUCAGAUAUCGGGUCCGGAACACGGUGCCACAUGUGGCUGGUGGAUCCAAAUAAUCACGAUCAGCUUGUGCCGAUUGGAGUACCGGGCGAGAUACUGUUGGAGGGUCCUAUGGUUGCCCGCGGGUAUCUCUUUGACGAAGCCAAGACGAAGGCAGUUUUUAUUGAUCCGCCAAAAUGGGCUACGCCCCGACGAGAUGGACUUCGACGCAGGUUUUAUAAGGUUGGCGAUAUGGCUCGACAGAAAGCGGAUGGGACUCUGAUCUUCUUGGGUCGAAAAGACACGCAAGUCAAGCUACGAGGUCAACGAAUAGAGCUCGGCGAGAUUGAAUUCCGCAUUGCCAAAAACUCUCCAACUAUCAAGGCUGCCGCAGUCGAGGUUGCUAAUCUAAACGGGCACUCGCAAGUCCUAGUAGCUUUCAUUAACUUCUCAAGCAAUGUGGACAUAUGCUAUGACAACAACAUUGGCGCAGUAACAACUUCUUUACGCAAUGAUUUGAUAGCUCUGCAGGAGAGCCUCUCGAAGCAUUUGCCGCCUUAUAUGAUACCCUCGUUUUACGUCCCCCUCGAGCAAUUACCAAAGACAUUAUCCCAAAAACUAGAUAGACGCGCUCUAAGGACCUUGUUCGAAAACAUUCCGCGAUCUAGCCUGAAAGACCAUUCGCUUUCAUUUCAUUCCACAAGAAAACCAUCUUCGCCUCUAGAACGACAAGUGCAGUCACUUUGGGCUAGCAUACUAAAUAUUAAGCCCCAAGACAUUGGUAUGAAUGAUAGUCCUAUGAGACUGGGUGCUAACUCCAUGACGGCGAUCCAAGCUUCCACGUUGGCAAGAAAAGAAGGUUUGAAUAUGCCAGUGCCUACAAUCCUUCGUGCAAAAAGCUUAGCCGAAAUAUGCGAUGCUACUUCUCCGAUUAGACAUCUGGAAGAACAGCCAUUGCAACCAUUUAGCCUUCUCGAAAAGAGAAAGGAGCCGGACUUCCAAAUACUCAUGGCUGAUAUCGAGAACCAAUGCAAUGUCAUUCAGACCCAAAUCGAGGAUGCAUACCCCUGCACGCCUCUACAAGCAGGAAUGAUCUUACACUCGGAGAACCGGCCAGGCUCCUAUGUUACACAGCGAAUAUUCCCACUUGACCCAGAAAUUGACAUUGAUGGGUUCAAAACCGCUUGGAACAAUGUUGCCAAAGUCUGUGACAUUCUCCGGACUCGUAUAGUCUCAUCGGAGGCGUGGGGCCUAGUGCAGACGGUUUUGGACGAGACAAUUGUUUGGGCCGAGACAAAAGAUCUCCAGACUUACCUUCACAACGAUCGACACUUGGCUUUUGACUUUGGAGCUCCACUUAUGCGGUUUUGUAUUGCCGAACAACGUGAUAAUGCGGUUCGUCAAUUCAUCUGGACAACUCAUCACGCUGUAUACGAUGGCUGGACGAUAAAUCUCCUCUUGCACCUAGUAGACCAACAAUACCACAAGGGCUCCAUCCCGUCGCCGCCUCGAUUUGCCGCGUUUAUACAAAACAUUCUUUCCGCUAAUCAAUCUGAGGCAGCUACAUAUUGGGCACAGCUGUUGAAUGGUUUUGUACCUCCACGUUCCCAGUUGGCUAAAUCAUCGAUUGAGAAGAGCCCGCUGCCGAAGAUUGUGAAGCUCUCUAUUGAAGAUUUUGGUACAGGGCAAUGUCCAGUCACUGGGCCUUCGUUAAUUCGAGCUGCCUGGGGUCUUCUGCUUGGAAACUACUACGACUCACGAGAUGUUACGUUUGGAACCGUCACCAACGGUCGCAGCGCCGCAGUCACUGGAAUCAUGGACCUGUGUGGCCCUACAAUGUCCAUCAUCCCAACGAGGGUCAAGAUUAAUGAUGAAAUGAACCUGCAUUCGUUGCUUAUGGAUAUUCAGAACCAAGGUCUCGAGGCAAUGCCGUUUGCGCAGCACGGCAUGCAGUAUAUCCAAAGAAUCGAUCCUAGCACACGAGCUGCAUGCCAAUUUGAGACCCUGCUCGACAUUGACAUUCAGAGCGACAAAGCCGUUCCGAAGAUCUUCAGCUCUGAAGAACGCUCAGGGAAUCUGGAGGCUUUUCAUACUUAUGCCAUUGUCUUGAGUGCUAGAAUCGUUAGCGGCAGGCUCGAGUUUGAAAUGGAAUUUGAUUCUCGUCGAGUCUCGGAAGGUCACAUACAUGGCAUCCUGGGGGGCUUGGACCGGCUAAUCCAGCAGCUAAAACACAGCUCAGACACGUCAAGUGUUGGUGCUCUGAAGGCGACUCUGGAAGGCGAAACCGGAACCCCGGAACCUAAUUUGACACAGAGUGUCGCUUCCCUCCCGCCCCAGCAGGAAGCGGCUCUAAGCAACCUGGGUGAAAAACCGAUAGAACGUCACUUCCACUUGGAAAUUAAGUUACAUGAGCUUCUUUCCAAGGUAUUACAGGUAGAUCCGGCCGAAAUUGGAAUCCACGAUCAUUUCAUAGCAAUGGGAGGCGAUUCAAUAAGCGCCAUGCAUCUUGCCUCUUUAGCACGUCGCAAUGGCAUUCUCUUGAGGGCAUCAGAUGUAUUUCGCCACCCAACGAUAUAUAGUAUGGCUCAACAAUGCUCAAAAUCAAUGAUAGACUCAACAGUCGACAUUGCGCAAGGCCAAAACCCGACAGCACGACCACGGGAUGACGCCGUUCGAAGGCACGUCUCGACAAGCUUAAAGAUACCUAUGAACGACAUCCAAGACGUCGUUCCAGCAACGGACUUUCAAAACUGGGCUGUUGCUGGCGACCUGAUGAAAAGUCGAGGAUGGAGCAACUACGUCAUCAUAACUUUUUCUUCUCCUCUCAAUAAAGAAAAACUCCUCACAGCGUUCAACACUGUGAUUACACGCAAUGCGAUUUUGCGAACUGCAUUCGUAGCGUUCGGUUCGCAAAUUCUUCAAAUUGUGCGAAGAGAACCAUAUGUAAAGCACGAGCACGUCCUCCGGAAUGCCGAUGUUCAACAAGAAAUCCAUGCCUGGGUCGACUCCAUGAUUGCCAAUGGUCAAGUUUCAGCGAUCAGCGAGGGUAGUGUACGCAUGAUGACCGCCGGCCCUACUAGCGAGAGUGUCUGCGCGCUUGCGAUGACGCUUUCUCACGCUCAAUCCGAUGCAACGUCUUUAUCACACAUCGGGUCAGACCUAUCCGACGCCUUUGACGGUCGCGUGCUGCCGACUCGUCCAAGCUUUUCCAUUUUUGCAGCAAAGAUAGGCAACACAGAGCCGCAAACAGAAGCCGAAUGUUUCUGGCGAACGGAGCUGCAUCGUGCACACAUGACGAAGAUAACACAGCUCUCACCUCCAAGUCAUUCGUAUCAAUAUCCUGUCGCCAAGACUUAUAAACGAACAAUCCCGACUCCAGAAGGCCGAAAGCAUACUUUUGCGACCGCUUUGAAAGCUGCCUGGGCUCUUACACUGGCCAAGUAUACCAAGCAGAACGAUGUCGUGUUUGGCCAUCUAGUGUCCGGUAGAACGCUUCCUAUCUCGGGCGUGGAGGACAUGGUUGGGCCCUGCGUUAACAUCGUUCCUGUGAGAAUACGGAUUCGCCCUAGCAUGACAGCCGAGAAUCUCCUAGAAACAAUCCAAGACCGCUAUCUUGCUUCGAUGCCUCACGAAACUCUGGGUUUGAAUCGUAUUGUGGAAGCUUGCACAGCGUGGCCACGGUCUACACGAUACAGCUCGAUCUUGCAGCAUCAGAAUAUUGACGACGUUCCCUCAUUAACGUUUGAUAAUGGGAAGACCGAGGCCAAUGUGAGCCUUCGAUGCCCUUCACAUGAUUCUACGGAUAUAUGGGUUAUCUCUAUUCCCAAGGGCAAUACGAUUGAAGUCACUCUAAGUUGUAACGAUAACCUUGUCUCGCCCUAUGAGGCUCAGAGUCUCCUGGGAAGUCUUGUUCAGAAGAUAGCCAUGUUUACGUCCGAUGAUGCUUGCAUAGUAAUUGCUCAGGAUAAAGUCGAACAGGAACGUGACGAAACGUGCAGUUUGCCUCGAGAGCGUGAUGAAUUGCAGCUGGUCAUCGACGGCGGAGUCCGCUUGGGAGGACAGGAACCCAGCUUAAUACACAAGGUUCGAGGCAUUUGGCAAAACGUCUUAUACACUAGCGCUGAAGAGGUUGAUGAUAUCUCUCCAACAACGCCAUAUUAUGAAAUACGCGGCGGCCAUGCAGCUACAGUGCUAUUGCUAGCACAGUACAGAGCUCAAAUUGCCUCAGACAUUACAAUGGAAGAGGUCAUCGAUCAUCCAACUCUAGAAGGCCACGCUCGACUUCUUCUUGCAAAGCAAAAGACAAAAGGGCUUGAGUCGAGGAGUAGCUAG